UGAUUCCAUCGAAAUCACGUGAGGAGAAAUUGCCAAAAUAGUUCGUUGUGUGGUUCCUGGGAGAGAUGUCCACUGGUAGAUCAGGAAGGGAUACUGAAUAUGAAGGAUGGUUAUUAUAUGAUGAGAAAGGUUUAAAUGAGUAUGUAGCAACAUUUACUGUAACUAAGCCGGGUAGAUCUAGAACAUUUAAUUUUAUGGAUUAUAAGAAAAAAAAGCACCCUAAAGCUGUGAUAGGUCAAAUUAUCACCUUUAAAUUUGUCCGGGAAUAUUCUACACCUUCAUUAAGAGGUGAUUAUAUUGAAUUAAAGUUUGAUACUCAACAAGAUGAACCAACCAUUGGAUGGAGUAUUAAACCUCACACAGUACCUUGUAGAAUAUAUAGAAGUGAUGUUGAUGAGGUUUAUGAACUUCCCUAUCCUGAUCCUCCCUCGUGCAGUAUAUCAGUGUUUGCUACACCUGAUGCUGUUCCUACACUACGUUAUGUAAUAGCAGUGAAAGGUUCGGAUGCCGUUACAUUGGUCAUUGAAAGGACAUUGAUAAGAGGUCCUCCCUUAGGCAUUGAUGAUUUACAGUAUGUACUUGACACAUUGAAUGAAGUUGGCUUCUCACCGACAAAAUGGAUAGAUCUUGCUUUACAUUUAGGAUUUUAUUAUGAGCCACUGUCGGAUAUUGAGGUUCAGUAUGGUCAAAAUGUACAAGGAUGUCUUAGGCAGUGUCUAUUAAAAUGGUUAGAGAGAGCUGAUGCUGUUGAUGCUAGUGAGCGUCCAACAAUGGUCUCUCUAUGUGAUGCUCUUGAGAAAAUUGAUAUGAAAGCAGCAGCUGAUUUAAUCAGAAAGAAUAUUUUUGACAAAGAUUCUCCAGAGUUAUGCCACUAUCGUGAAGCACUCAAGACUCUUGUGAUGUGUCAUCUCACUAAAGCAGUUGUUCAAGGUGAAGCUCGUGUUGGUAAAACCUGUUUCAAGUCACUUCUACUGGAUGAAAAGUACGUCAAAGCAAGUACCGGUAUUGCUGAGCCGAGAGUUGGUAUCUACUGCUACAGACGAGAUACUGGGAAAAGAUACAAGCUAUUGGAUGUCACUGAGUUAGAAGAAAUAGUUAAAAAUGCUUUGAAAAAAGAUGCACUCGAAAAAUUGAUCAAUUCUCCAGUAGAAAAUCAGGCCAGUAAAGGUAUCAAUGAAAAGGGACCAACCAGAGAAAAUGAAACAGCUGACGAGACUGAUGAUGGAUUUGUUGACGAAUAUGAAGCCACUGAUGAACCUGGCAAUGGAGAUGGAGCUCUUGGUAAUGGAGACGAAACGCCUGGAGAUGGAAAAAAAGUGCCGGGAGAUGAAAAGGAAAGUUCACUGAGUAAGGAAGUAGAGAAAGUACUUGAUGGAGUGCGACAGUGUUCAGGAAAGGAGAAUCGUCUUGAAGGUGCUCAAUGGUUAUACCUCAUUGAUACAGGAGGGCAAAUUGCUUUUCAAAAGUUGCUUCCAAUUUUUAUGCCGUUUGCUCAAGUUCUUAUUCUCGUUAUUAAUAUUUCAAAAGAGUUGUCAAGUGACUCUACUGCAGUGAUGCACAUCGAAGGUGAGGAUCACAGUGAUGGCAGCCCAUCCAGAUUGACGGUCGAAGAAGUUUUGAAGCAGAUAAUUUCUUCAAUAGCUUCUGGCAUGCAGCAUUUCCGGAAUAGCUAUAAAAAUCAUGACGUUCUACAAGAUUUGGUUCCAGAGAAAUUGCAGAUUCUUACAAUUGGUACACAUGGAGAUGAAUGCAGUGAUGUAGUAAAAUCUAAAGAUGUAUUAGCAAAUAAAUUGGCAGAAAUAAUCAAAGGAAAUGAUGAUUGUGAGUCGAUUGAAGCUCAUCAUGUAGUUCGUGUACGGGAAAUUGAUGGUCGUAUCGCUAGUGCAGCUGUUGAAGAAAGAGGAAAUGAGAAAAAUUUUAAGAACACAAAGAGUUCUUUGGAUGAUGUAGAUGAGAUCUUAACAAAAGAUGAUAAACGAAUCAACAUUCCUUUUUAUUACUACUUCUUUGAUAUUGUACUUCGCGUUGCAGCAAACGAGGGAUGUGGUGUCUUGCAAUUAUCCACCUGCAAAAGUCUUGGGGAAGAUUUAAAACUUGAAGAAAGAGAAGUGAUGGAGUCUCUUAAUUUCUUGCACCAUAUCAACAGUAUCAUUUAUUAUCAUGAUUCUGAAGCCUGCAGUGAUCUGGUGUUUGUUAACAUAGGCAGUCUCAUCGGUAUUCUCAAGGAGUUGGUCGGGCAUGUUCAUAUUGUUCAUUCCAAUAAAGGAUACGCUGGAGAUGAGGACAUUAUAAAGGGGAUCCUUUCAGAGUCCAAGUUUAAAGAGAUUUGUAAAGAACAACUCGAUCCCAUCACAGAAAAGCUAAAAGUUGCUAAUAUUGCAAUGAAAUUGCUGAAUCUUUUCCUGGAGCUCUCAAUAGCUACACCAAUAGAUGAUAAAUAUUUCAUACCAGCUCUCCUUCCAGUGAAAGAUGUUACAAAUAUCUAUCUUUAUGAGGAUCAUGAGCCAUUGCUGUUUUACUUCAAAAAGGCUACCCCAAUGGGUCUGUUCUGCUCUGUGGUUACUCAUCUUCUUUCUGGGCCUUGCUACGAAAUCGCUUCAACAAAAAACGACAAUUUCUCAAAUUACAUCAAAAUGAUUCAUCAAGAGUCAUGGUGUUAUGUUGAUCUAGUUGAACAGGUCAAUUGCAUUGAAGUCCAUUGUGAGGAACAGAGCAUUGAAUGCAGUGUAAAGAAAGAUGUAAGACAAGCGAUCACUUCUGCAGCUGAAAAACACAAUCUCAGUGACAGUCAUAAGAAUCCCGAGAUACGGUUUUAUUGUUCAUGUGAGUGUGGUCCUGCUGGAGGUGUGGCUAAGGGUGAGAAGCAUACAGUAGCAGUCAAUGAGGAGCGGUGGAUCUUUAGAUGCACUAAAACAGAAAAAAAAAUCAGAUGUGAUGAGAAGAUAAAGUGGAAGUCCUGGCUUGAUUCUGAUACACCAAACAAUUCUACUUCCAAUAAUGAGUCAACUUCUCCUAGAAAACGAAGUAUGCAAAUAUGUGAUUCUGAGACAGAGAGCUCUGGUUCUCUACCAUGUAAAUAUAGACGUUUUGAUGAGGAAAUUGAUGAUCCAAAGGACAUACUACAGAAAUACUCAGCCAAGCUGUCCAAAGCAAUAUCAGUUAAUGUUUCUAAUGUAGCUAAUGCAUUGCUUUCUGAUGAUCUUAUAACACAAGAGACUAGAGAUUAUGUUGUGACAGUAGAUGGGGUAUCUGCUUUUACUAAAGCCAAUAGAUUAAUGACUGAUGUGAUGGGUCAAUUGGAUGGUUCUCUUGAUGAAAGACAGUAUUUAAUUGAUGUGUGUAAUAUUUUGAUUAAGCAAGGUGCAUCAAUGAAGCAGAUAGGAAAUGUUAUGCUUAAAGAACUAGGAUGCUGACCAUCCUUCUCCUAUACAUCAAAUUAACGACAGUAACUUUUAGAAUUUUAAUUUUUUAAUUAUGUGACAAAUUAAUACCAAGGAUAUAUGUUUGUGCAUUUAAGUGGCAAGUCCUUUGUAUACAAAUUAUGUGUAUUUUGCUAUUAAUGUUUUUGUAGUUACAUGUACAACAAUGCUUUGCUUCCUUAUGUAACUUUUGGAGCUAAGGGCUAAGCCCCUUAACAUUUACAUUUGUCUAUUAUAGUAUUUAUUCAUUAUUUUGUUGUUAUACUUGCAUGAUAGAGUACGGUAUAGGACUAUUUUUAAAUACUCAGUUGCUUCAAUUCCUUUGU